UGGAUCGGGACUUAAACCUCAUCUUCCAUUCAAGGGGCAGUAUUUCGGUAGCUCUUAUGUAGUUAUGUUUGCUCCAUACCUGUUAGCAGGACAGCAGGUGUGACUGAAGAUGGAAAGUAAAAAUGAUGCAAAUAGCUACUGAGGAAGUUCUCUUCUGCUGACCGUUAUUCUGUUUUUCUUGUAGUUAUGUAGACAGUCACCCUACCAUCUCAACACUGUUAUCUAACGUACAGAAUUCAUUACUGGAGGUACCAAGGCUCGAGAUCUUGGAGCAGAAUUCUAACAACCAGUUGUCAGGACCUUAAGAAGAAACUUGCCCUUCGGGGUAGAUUGUUCCAGAAUGUGCUGCAAUGUCAUUUGAAGUAGCUUGCACUGGGUACUGCCAUUAAUGGACUGCUGGCCUGACUAUGAUGCGGACUCCUGAGUUCCUGUAUUUGUAAUUUAAAUAUACAACUCUAACAUGAGACGCAACUUCAAAGGGUUGCUUUAUAGGAAAGUAAUUUCUACAAAUAACAUUAGACAUAAUUUCUGCGCUUCAUCCAGUCAUUUUUCUGUUAGCCAAACUCUCAGCUACCUUCUUUAAGAGAAGCAGAAACUUUGCUCUGUCUUACUAGAGUCUGCCUACCCUCAGGAAGCAGCUGAAGGUUGUGGCAAGUAUGCACUAUGGGAGGCCAUAAUGUAACUAUACAUUUUUCUGAUUUUCAUAGCUUUUAGUUUCAGCCUUCCAGUGUUCUCAUUCUGGGUGUGGGAAGAAGAGGGCAUUUCUAAGGCCAUGUCUCCCCUAGGAGUGCAUUGCAGGUAUAGUAUGUGUUGCGCUUUUAGCAGUAUGGAUUUCUUUAGCCCCAGCAUGUUCUUUGAUUGCUUACUUUACUUUCUUUUCCCUGACGACUUACUUUACUCGAGAGCGAAACAGACUGUGUUAACAAAAUCACAGCUUUGCAGGUUCAGCUGUAUGUGUUGUAUGGGCUUCACCCAGCACAGCUGACCUGUGUUGGGAUAGCUAAGUUUUCAUAAGAUAAAUAUGGCCUGAGUAACUUCUAGAUCUUGAAAAAAAUGUUGUUUAUGAAUAGUGUUUAGAUUUUAGUUUGUUUUGCUCUUUUUGGGUGGAGAAACAUGUCUAAUACAUUAGUUUCUAUCUAAAUUUCAUUCUUUGAAUGAUUUGAGCUAUUUCUUUUCUGAAAGUCUCCAAUUGGCUCACUGGCAGCGUAAAAAGAGAUACGCAACUAUCCUACUUGACUCAGAGGGGAAUUAAUUUAAUUACAGAAAACAACCACACACUUUUGUAUCUGCUAUUUUAUCUUGGUUGCUCACAUUGCUGAGCUUCGUAGAAUUGGGCAUUACGUUUUUAGCAGAUCAAGAAAUCACGUUGCUAUUUCCAAAGAUUUGUGUGUACAGUAAGGAAUUACUACCUUGUCUGACAGAAUUCAUAAGAGAGUUAGAAAUUAGUUACGCGUUGUGCUCUCCAGAUGAAUCUACUGUGUACUUUACUUGGUAAUCUUAAGUAUGAAAUGAUUCUACCUCAGGUAAUUCAGUAAGAUUGGCUGACCUGUACUCUGUACUCUCACUUGCUCAGACACUGAAGAAAGGAGCUGAGACGGGUGAAUUCUGCCCCUUCAACUGCAUCCAUGUCUUCAGGACUUCUGAAAUACCUUUGAUUCAUUGAUGGCAUUCACAGCAGUAGUAAAAACUAAAGAAUUUUUUAAAAAAUUCCUCAAUGGAAAAGGUGUUAAUGGCUGCCUGCAGCACUAUGGAAGCAUGGGGACAAAAUAGUCAUCUAUUGAGACCCUCAGGGAACUAUUGGGCAAAGUGACGGAAAUGAAGAGCUUGCACCAUCACUUCAGCAUGGCGGCAACUGAAUCUGACAAGGACUCCGGAUAUUCAGAUGGAAGUUCAGAGUGCCUGAGUGCUAUGGAGCAGACUGACUCGGAGGAUGUGCUGAAUGCAUUGUGUUGGAACACAGAAGAUGGGCCUUGGCAAUGCCCAAUGACCACAAGCAGCUCCUUUCCUGCACUUUCUCCUAUGGUUGUAAUGAAAAAUGUGUUAGUUAAGCAGGGGAGUUCAUCACAGCUCCAGUCUUGGACUGUGCAGCCAUCCUUCGAAGUGAUUCCAGCUCAGCCACAGCUAGUGUUUCUUCGUCCAUCAAUCCCACCUCCCAUUAACCCUCACCCUGUUGGGAAAAAGAGAAGUGACUCCGCUAAUUACCUGCCCAUCCUGAAUUCUUAUCCCAAAAUAGCACCACAGCCCUGCAAAAGAGAUCACUCCUUUGAUCUAGAAGAACGUCAGGAAACCAACUGCCAUAAACGACUCUGCACAGAAGCACCCAAGAUGGAGACUUCUCCUGUAUUGAGGAGCACAGGGUUGCCUACUAGUCCUUUUGCCCACAUACCAGUUAGCUUUAAGACCCCUCAGGAUUCUAGCCAGCAAAAUUCUUCAACUCUAGUGACAAGUGGAAAACUGUCAGCUCUUCCUGGUUUUCAUCGUGUUUCCAGUGACACUCAGAAAGUGCCGGGUUUGACUCCCCUUUUGCCUUUUGGAACUCUGCAGGCAACAAAGUGCACCCCUCAUGAGAGUGAGAGUGCAGCACAGAGUACAAUGCAGUCUGCAGCGUGGAGUCCCCCACUGAUACCAGAAGAGAUUUGCACUACCCCUGAGCUGCUCUUGCAACAGCAAAGCAAGUGCAGACGCUUUCAGAAUACACUUGUUGUGCUACGCAGGUCAGGAUUGCUGGAGAUCACUUUAAAAACCAAGGAGCUCAUUCAUCAGAACCAGGUGACUCAGGCCGAGCUGGACCGGCUGAAGCACCAAACACAGCUUUUCAUAGAGGCAAUAAAGAACAAUGCUCCACAGUCGUGGGCAGAGCUAGAAGCAUCUCUAACAGGAUCUGAAAAAGCUGAUAGCAACCUUGAAGACCCCACUUAUCCCAACAUGUAGUAAAAAGGUACACAGCUGUUGGUCAAGUUAUUUCUGUGCCUCCUAUUUCCCGUCUCAAGCUUUUACUUGAGCAUUUUCUGAGUCCAAGACUUGCAAAGUGGCGUGCCAUUAAUAACUUGUCUUCAGAGCCAGUUGUGGGACUAGAAUAGCAUGGUGGGGUCUUGACAGAAUGGGUACUUACUACUUCAGUGUGACCUUGAACUCCAUGCUAACUCAGUGUGUUUCCUUGGACUCAAGAAGCUUGGAUGUUCUCUGCUGGCAUGUUCCCAUUUUGCAGUGAAAGACAGUCAUUUGCAGUAUUCUGCAAGCAAGCAUCUUCCUAGUCCCAUCUUCAGAUAGUCCUGAGAAUCGGACAGUAGAACAGGCCCCGCUAUUGGGCCACCAUCAGCUGCAAGUAGAUGAAGGGAGUUGGUGUGAGGAGAGGAAACUUAGGUUGGUGGGAUGCUAUCUUUAGGUUGUCGCUGUCCAUUGUUACAGCAGUCUUGCUUUGGGGUUUUAAUGCAUUUGAAUUAGUGGAGAUCUGCUUGUGCUGAAGCAGCAUUCUAUAUUCAUUGCAGUCUUUGGUCAAAGUGAUGAGUGUCUUAGGACCCAAGUGAAAUUAAGUGUUUUGAUGAGUAUACUUUUGAUUUUCACUCACUCAACUGUACAGAUCAAAAUCACAAGGCUUGCAUUGGAAGUGUUUGUUCCAAAGCCAUAUUUAUUAAUGGCUAACAAGUGUACAAGGCAAGUGGCUUUGGAUUUUCUUGGUAGCUAACAGAUUAAACGUUGUUAAAGGCUGCAGUGACUUUUUUAAAAACAGUACAAGGAAGAUACUCAUUCGCCAGGAUUAAUUUGGCAAGACUAGCUGCAUAUUAUUUAUGUGUAUCUUUAGUUUACAAGCCUAAACUCCUUUUUUUCCUGUGAAAUCAGAUUGCUAAGUAUAAAAAAAAAAAAAAAGAGGUGAAAGGAAAAGGAGCAUAAUGGCCUGUGGUGAAACAAGUCCUCCUAUUGCUCUUCCCUCUCUUUUUUUUUUUAUUUGGAGAAAUCAAAUGGGGGUGGGAGGGAGGAGAGAGAGAUGUCAUCUUGGAUAAUCUCCCUAAAAAAUUUAUCUACCUGAGUUUGAACUUAAAAAAAACCCAAAACCAACAAACAAAUUUUUUUCCUCCACAUUAAAUUUAUAUCAUUCCUAGCCUGCUUGCCUUGAGAUAUAACUAACACCACUGUGUGCAUAAGAUAUUAGGCCUUACUAGUAGAGAACCACAGUAGUCGUGUUACAAAAGCUGUUCUACAGACGCUUAUUUCAUUUCAGUUUUUUUUAGACACUUAACCAUGUCAUUCCCUCCAAAUCUGAAGGGUUUUUUUCAGAGGCGGUCUGUGUGGAGAACUAAGAAUGGCUUUGUCUAAGAACGUUAAGGAAUCUGGAUUGUUUAUGGUACGCUCCUUUCUGAGUGACAGUGUUUUCACAAAAUUGUGCAGACUGGGUAUUUUGGUGCUUUUAUCAAUUCUGUCAUCUGUUUCAGAUUCUUAAAAAAAAGAAACUUGAAAGUAGAGUGUAUGUCUUGCUAAUUUGUGACUAGACCUUUUAAUUUUCUGAUGCCUUUGGGAAUGAAUAUUGCAGAAUGCUGUAGAGAGUGCUUUUGUAGUCUUCCUCAAAUAUGUGCACUAGAGAAAUUGUAAGGGGCUUCUUUCUUGUAAGGGGUUUCCCCCUUUUUACACUGAUGAAAAGAAAUGCUGUACAAGCUUCACAAAGAGGAGAAAUGUGAGUCAUAUUUGUACUAGCCAUAGGCUUAGAGAGAAAUUUCGUGGCAGGAUUCGCCCUAGUGAAGCUGUGGCAAACUAGUAGCCAUGCCUUUCAUGGUAUCCUGCCCACCUGCUGAAGACUAGUGCAGUACAUGGGAAUUGAUUAAAAGAAAAGUGUUCAUAGUCUGAGUUCUGUCAUGUAUUUUUUUAAAUAUGCCUGCUAUACUUGUGCAUACUAGGAUGUCUCAUAACUCGCAGCACAGCAGUAUGGAAACUCAGCCAGCAAACCCAGAAGGCAGGAAGGCAGCUUAGUACAGUGUAAUAACGUAGGACAUGUCUGAUCUAGCUCUUUUGAAAUCAGUUGUAAUAUCUGCACCGAAUGACAUUUGGCAGGAUAGAUGUGAUGGUACCUUAGGCCAUUUGUGAAAGAAUCCCAAAAGAUAAGCUUGUUUCUUCUGAGCUCCUUACAGGAAGGAGAGGAGGCAGUAGGAGGCAGUUCCAUUGAUCCAUUGACCUGUAAUAGGCCUAGGGGUGAGGAGUGAGAAAAUGCACAGGACAUCUUUCCUACUUUUCCUAAAAUUCUUUUUCUACCCAUCAAAUAGAGAGGAGAAUUUGAAGUUCAGAAUAUAUAUAUUUUUAGGAAGUUAAUUGUCCUAGAAAACAAGAUGAUGGACUCAGGCUACAUAGAGAUUCAAGGAAGUCAGAAAGAACAAAGUCCCAUCCUAGCCAUUUGAGACAAGAAAGAGUUAAGUCUACCAGUGACCUCUUCUCCAUCCUAUUUCCACUGCUCUGAUAGAGUAAAAGGAAGGAAAAAUUGGCCUUGCAGGGUAAUACCCUCUGACUUAGGGAGACUCUAGCUGAUAGAAAUCUCUCAUACUCCACGCAGUACCACAUGUAUUUUUUUCCCCUGACAGCACUGAGGGUGGGCUGAAGUGGGUGUGCUUAUAGCUGAUGGGCCUUUCAGCUGGUAUAAUUUGUAUAAAUACAUAUUCAAUAAAUCUGUGAAUAAAAGUCCAGCAGCUGGUUAGAAAUCUCCUACUGGGCAUCAGUCCAGACUUAAAUAGUGUAACUAGAAAAAUCCACUCUGGAACUAUUAUAUGUAAAUCUGGGGCCCCUUAGGAACCAUAUCCCUAGAUAACUGCAAAUCUUGAUGCAACAUCUGUAAAAAAAAGAUGUUGAAGGCCCCUAGUGAUAGACAUGUCAUCAAGUACCAUUCUGUUCAGUUUCUCUUAGCUGCCUUUAUUCCUGGAAGCCCAGAUAAACCUUUAAACAAUAAGGGCUUUCCUUUCUUGGCUGCAAUUUAAUAAAAUAGGUUAGCUUGGAACUGUGUUGAGAAAAUUAAUUGACUAUGUCAGGACCAGAAUAGGUCCUGAUUCUGGGCAGAAUCUGGAAGUGGUCCAGUAGAUUUGAGCAGAAACAUUAGCCUCUCUGGUUGGAAACCUGUAAGCAAUGAACUUCCAGAUUUUUUUCACCUUCGAAGCAGCAAGACUUUGUAUUAACAAGUUAGCUGAAGACAGCUGUCCCAAUCUAAAAAAUCAAAUCAGAUGGCCUGCUGGGGCUUCAGUUGCUGCUGACAACUAGCAGGUGGGGUGGCUUGAUGUGUUGGACAGACUGCUGUUUUUCUAUUAAGUUUUAAUAAAUGUUGGUAUUUUUGAUUACUUUCACUAUGUAUUUUUGAAAUUCUACUGCUCUAGUUGGAAUGUAAACAUUUUCUGUACUUUCGAAGUCAGUUGCCAGCUCUGAAUACAGUAGCCUAAGAACUCUGUUAUACAACAUGAACUUUUUGCUAAAACUUUACAGAAACAGACUGUGAAAUAUGAAUGAAAUAAAGUAUAUACUUAAAAAG